AGUGAUAGCAGGAGCAGUUCAAAUUCAGCCUCUGCAAGUCCCAGGUGCGAUGGCCGGAGACGGAUUGAAGCCGGAUUUUCCCUGCGGAACAGCGGCGGAAACACCAUACGCGGCAGCAAAAACGUCUGUGUGGUGGGAUAUAGAAAAUUGUCAGGUGCCCAGGGGAUGUGACGCCAAUGCAAUCGCCCAGAAUAUAAACGCGGCAUCGAAGGAGAUGAACUAUCAUGGACCAGUCACCAUUUCCGCUUAUGGUGAUACCAAUGGCAUUCUUUCGUCCAUUCAAGAAGCCCUAUCUACAACUGGAAUCAGUCUCAAUCACGUCCCCGCCGAUAUAGUAACAAUCAUGAUUAAGGAUGCUAGUGAUAAGAGAAUUUUGGUGGAUAUGCUAUUAUGGGCAGUGGACAAUCCUGCACCUGCAAAUUAUUUACUCAUUUCAGGAGAUGGGGAUUUCUCCAAUGCCAUUCAUCAGUUGUGGAUGAGGAAAUAUAAUAUUCUUCUAGCACAACCUGUUUAUGCUUCUCCUGCUCUUGCUGUUGCUGCCACAAAUGUAUGGCAAUGGACAAGCCUUGCUGCUGGAAGAUCUCCACCAGAAUUUGCUUUUAGUACCAAUACAUUACGUCAAAAUUAUAUAUCUACUCCAAUUUCUAAACCUAUAUAA